ACAUCGCACGUGCACGCCGAGUGCGCAUGCCAGGUGAGGACGCGGGCGCUGCAGGGCCAGGACUGCGCGACGCAAGGGCGCAGGCAGUGGGCAGUGGGCAGUGGGCCCGUGCGAGCAGCGCAUCCAGAUGGAGCAAGGCGAAGGCGGCGGCGGCGGCGCGGGAGCCGGGACGCAGGGGACUGCGCGGGGCUCCCCGCUCCACGGGAAGAUGGCCGAACCAAACGGGGUGCGGACCUCGCCGCCCAACCAUCGGUUUUCAGGCAUGGAGGGGUUCUUAAGAUGUGAUGAGAGACAAAGACUAGCCAAGGAACGACGCGAAGAAAGAGAAAAGUUUCUGGCUGUACGAGAGCAACAGUUCCUGGAGAAGCAGAAAAGGGCCAAACUCCAGUAUGAAAAGCAGAUGGAAGAACGAUGGCGCAAGCUAGAGGAACAACGGCGCAGGGAGGACGAGAAGAGGGCUGCGGUGGAACUGAAGAGGAGGCAGAAGCUCCGGGAGGAUGGGGAGCGGCUGGAGGCUAUGCUGCGCAGGUCCCUGGAGCGCUCAAGGCAGCUGGAGCUGAAGAAGAGGUGCUCAUGGGGAGGAGCUUCAGCAACUCCAACAGCCUGGGGAGGAGCCUCUCCAACAGCCUGGGGAGGAGCCUUGCCAGCAGCCUGGGGAGGAACGUCCCCGGCAGUCAUCGUCGGGGUUGGAGGACGUGAAGGUGAAUCAGAAAAUACUCCACCCCCUCCUCUAGGUUUAGCGGCCAGCACCCCUCCUCCGGAUCCAGAGACCCCUGCUGCCUCCGAGUCCACCAAUGGUAUAUCCGAGCAUCACCAUGCCAUGGCAUUUUGUGAUGACUGUACUGAUCAUCAUCCUCCAUUACCAUCAUAUGAGAAAAUUUCCACAUCAAGUAUGAAUUUACCAAAGCAGAUGGAGCCUCCUAUGAGUAAGCGGCUGUCUUCAUCCUCCGCAGCAAUAUCUUAUUCUCCAGAGCGAGCUCCUGGCAUGCGAGUUACUUUCCCGGAAAACUUAGGCGUUAGGCGUCUGUCCGCGCCCACACAGGCUGCUUUAUCCAGGAGCAAAAGUGCAGUCCCAUUCACUAAGCAGUUCAGUGGCUCAGCUACCGGCAGCCCUGCUCAAUAUUCCUACAAGUCUUCGCCAACUCGAACCACCACAAAGAAGAAGUCCUCAUCCACAUCUAGCCGAGUCAAAGCUGGGAAAGGAACCCCUAUAGGACCGGAGGUCUCCUGGAUGGAGAUGGAGAAGAUGAAGAGGGAUUCACAAGCAACACCUUCUUUGUCAAACACGAGCGUUGGGUCCCCUGUGAAAAGAUACAAUUCUCCUGUAGACUCUUCUAACAGAUCACCUUCUCCCGGGUCAUGCAGCUGCAUCUGGAGUGAAGUGGUUACAUUUCGCUCAGCUACUGCCAAAGGAUUCCCACUGUCUCCAAAGAAUGUGAAGGUGCCAUAUCCGGAGUCUCCUGUGCAGAACCGCUUAGCCACCUUUUCCGGCCAGGAAACACCCAAGAAGAAAGCAGACAAAGAGAAGAGCAACAAGGAACGGGAAGGGGCCCUGGCUCAGCAGGCAGCUGGCUCACUCAGGGUGGAAGCCUCAGAGAAGCGCCUGGUGGAGAAGCAUGCCUCCGAGAAGAACGUGGCUGCAGGAGGGAAGGCCGAGAGCAGCGCAGCCUCAGGGAAGCCUAUUGCAGGUACCACCAAUGCAGGAGAGGCCGCAAAGAUCCUGGCAGAAAAGAGACGCCAGGCCCGGCUGCAGAAGGAACAGAAGGAACAGGAGAGGCUGGAAAAGAUGGAGCAAGACAGGCUGGAGAGAGAGGAACAGGAAAAAAAGGAAGAGGAGGAAAGACUUCACCUAGAAGAGGAAGCCCGUAAGCAGGAAGAGGAAAAGAAGCAGCAGGAAGAGGAAAAGAAGCGGCAGGAAGAGGAAAAGAAGCGGCAGGAAGAGGAAAAGAAAAGACUGGAGGAAGAGGAGGCCAAGAGGAAGGCCAAAGAGGAGCAACUGUUGAAAGAAGAACAAGAAAAGGAAAAACAAGAAAAAGAAAAGCAAGAAAAAGCCAUGAUUGAAAAGCAGAAGGAAGCAGCAGAAGCAAAGGCCCAGGAGGCAGCUAAACAGAUGCGUCUAGAAAGAGAACAAAUCAUGCUGCAGAUUGAACAGGAGCGACUGGAGAGGAAGAAGAGAAUAGAUGAAAUCAUGAAGAGAACAAGAAGGAGUGACGUGUCUCCGGAAGUGAAGAAAGAAGACCUGAAAAUAGAGCUCCAGCCUGCUGUGUGUAUGGAAAAUAAGCUAGAACCAGUUGUCCCGAACAAAAUAGAAAUCAAUGGAUUGAGCACCUGCCAGGAAGUUAACAGUGUGGAGCGUGCUGCCCCAGCAACUUUCCCCCGAGACAGUUGCUCCAGUGGGCUUAAACCAGUUGAGGCACUUGUUCAUCUGGAUGCCCUGGACGGGAAAUCAAACAGUCUGGAUGACUCAACUGAAGAAGUUCAGUCAAUGGAUGUGAGUCCUGUUUCAAAAGAAGAGCUUAUCUCCAUCCCAGAAUUUUCACCAGUGAGUGAAAUGAUUCCUGGGAUGUCUCUGGACCAAAAUGGAACUGGUAAUGCCCGAGCUCUUCAAGAUCUCUUAGAUUUCACCGGCCCCCCCAUGUUCCCCAAGAGAUCCAGUGAAAAUCUCAGCCUGGAUGACUGUAACAAAAACCUGAUCGAAGGAUUUAACAGUCCCAGCCAAGAAAGUACUCUGAACACCUUCUGUUGACAAAUACAGCAUCUCUUUAAUGAAAGGUGGCGUUUAGAGAAACCGUGAAGCUGCUGGCCAUGAGAUCCAAGCUGCCAGCCCUUGGAAGGAGCUCCUGUCGUCCCUAACCACUGGAUUCCAAAUCAUUAAAUCAAGAUGUAAUUGUAUUCCUAGUUAGUAUAUCAAACACUGGCCACUCUUGGUAGAAACCUUGCUAAGUUGGCCUUGUCGGGCUUUAGCGACAUUUCAUGUUACGGUUCUAUUUAUGAGCUUCGGCUGCUGAUAAAGUGCUUACUAUACUAUUUACUCUAUUAUCAUAGUGAUAUCUGAAACCAAUGAGUCAUUCCAGCUGGGAAGUUCACCUUGUAACCAUUCUUAUUCCCAAAGUUGGAGCACAUAAACAUUUAGAUGAUUCCUGUAUAUAUUCUAGACAUUUACCCAGACUCUACUUAAACAUAUACUGAUCGUGGGCUGCAUCUCUCCCAUCUGUGUUUAAAAGAAGAAAUUCCAGAGGGUUUUCCCCUCUCUCUGAGGUUUCUUUGUUGGAAGUUACUAUCAAGAAGCUGUUUUAUUAUUAAGCUUAGUCACCUGCCAAAUGCUUUGUGCCAGAUUACUCCUUGAGGAGCUAAUGGAAUAACUUGUUGAGUAAGGAAUCCAUUAUACAGUGGAAUGAUUGCUGUUUUCUGAUGUAUAUUCCUAUAGACAUGAGCAGCUGAAUCUAGCGAGGACCUUUUCAUGUUGCACCUUAAAAUCUCCAAGCUGUAGACACUCCAAACCAUCAAGUGGCUUUUAAACUGAGUGAAUCCUGUGUCUCAUGCACUGGUGGUUGGUUUUGACGUUGUUGCUAUUGGGGCUUUUGUUUCUUUGUUUGCUCCUGUGUUUGCUCAAUUCUAAUAAAACCAGGCACAAGUGAAAAUGACAAUGCUCCGAAAUGAAGGGGCCCUGAACGAGACUCUGUGUGUCACUAUAAUGGACUUUAACAUAGAACAUCUGAACAGAGAAUAGAUGACGCUAGAAUGUAUACUCCUCGUGUUUUAUGCCCUAUAAUGUGUUUUCUUAAUUUAAUUUCUUGUGGUGAAAUGUGACUUUCAGAUUAAAAUGACCUUUCCUUCUUUGAAACCCUUUUUUUGACUUGUACAAUAAGAGCUUAGAAAGAUCCAUACUUCUGACCGAGGUUUGCAACCAGGAAAUACAAACAGUGUCAAUAGUAAUCUUGUUUAUGUGCUUUCAAAACCAGCUGCAGUUUAAGACUUUAUUAGUUAUGGGAACUGUGUAUGUUUGUGUAUGUGUAAAAACUAAAAUAAAAUAUAUGCCUCACUAA